UUCUCAUAACAUCAACCAAACCCUACUCCCGCUUUGCACGCUACGCCGGCCACCUUCGCCGCCGCCGCCGCCGCAAGCCUCCACGACCCUCCUCUUCGCCCUCUUUGCCAUUCGGUCAACGAGCUUUACCAGGCCGAGCUCGAGAGGGAAAGAGAGAGAGAGAGAGAGAGAGAGAGAGAAGUGACGAGAGCUCAUGGUGAUUGCGAGGAAGGCAAUGGCGGAGUGCCCCAAGAAGGUGGCGAGCUUGAUUGACCUCGCUAACCUGCCCACAAACCUGCGAGAGUUCGUGGGGCUGUCCCAGAUCUCUCGCCUCGACUUCUUCAUCCGCGUUUGGUCUUACAUCAAGGCCAACAAUCUCCAGGAUCCAAGCAACAAGAAUUUGGUCAAUUGUGAUGACAAGUUGAAGAGAAUAUUAUUGGGCAAGCCUCAAGUUGCUCUGGCUGAACUUCCUAUGCUUAUUAAACUCCAUUUUCCCAAAGAACUGAAGCGAUGAGCCGGGUUAAUCUCUCAAAUGGGAACGUCGUCUAUGGUACCAAUAAUAUCCCACUUGUUUAGGUUAGUUUCUGUAUCUUUCAUCGCCAAAAAUAUCAUUUGUAUUAAAAGCACAGAGAGGUCCCUUGAUAUAGAAUGAAAAGCAGCUACUCAUUUUUAUAGCUGUCAUUUUCUUCAAAAUUGUGAAGCCAGUGACUUAUGAAUGCAUUUGAUGAGAUAUCAGCAUGAAUUAAGUUCAUAAAUAUAUGAUAA